AUGGAGCUACAAGAGUUGCAAUUGGACCUGACCAACAACCAGAUAACAUUGAUUCCGCCGGGUGCAUUUGCAAACUUUACCUUGCUACAACAGUUGUACCUGGGCAGCAACAAGAUAACAUUGAUUCAGAAAGGUACAUUUGUAAAUCUUACACGGCUACGAGAGUUGUACCUAAACUACAACCAAAUAACAAUGAUUCAGCCAGGUGCAUUUGCAAAUCUACCAGGGCUACGAGAGUUGUGGCUGGACAACAACCAGAUAACAACGAUUAAGCCAGGUAUAUUUGCAAAUCUACCCCAGCUACAAGAGUUGAACCUACACUACAACCAAAUAACAACGAUUAAGCCAGGUAUAUUUGCAAAUCUACCCCAGCUACAAAAGUUGUACCUACACUACAACCAAAUAACAACGAUUAAGCCAGGUAUAUCUGCAAAUCUACCCCAGCUACAAAAGUUGUACCUUACGAACAACAAGAUGUCUGCCAUUGCCCCUUUAGCUUUCAGCUUGUUGCCCUCUAAUCUAGACAUAAAACUUGACGGGAACCCCUGGCAGUGUGACUGUAAGAUGGUUCCCUUCAGGCUAGAUUCGACUGAAUUUCCUUCAUUUAAAGACCAGAUAACAUGUGCCGAACCCGCUAACUUACGGGGACAGAAGCUUUCAGAUGUCAGUCCUGGAGAUUUGGUAUGUCCAGAGACAACCACAUCAGCACUGUCUGUUGAUGUUCAAGUAACCUUAAAGUUUAACAAUUCUUACAAAGACACAACAGCCGGCUCCACAGUCAAAAACAAGAAAAACAAAACAAGACCGACAAUAGCUUCACCCCUUAAAAGCAACAGUUUCCAUGCUGAUACCCGAGAAACUUCUAUAAACUAUCACAAUUGGACAGCAGCAGGCUCAACAGUAGGUCCUGCAGAAAAAAGAGCCAAAACCACAGUAAUAAUAAGUUCAACCGUUAAAACCACUUCAGACAAGUCGGAAACUAAACGUUCCCAUGCUGAUACCCAAAUAACAUCUAAUGACUAUUACAACAGCACAACAGCAGAUCUUAAAGGUAAAAGAGGCAAAACUGGAGCGACAGAAAGUCCAACCCUUCAAACCACUUCAGACAAGCCGGAAACCAAACGUCCCCAUGCUGAUACCCAAAUAACAUCUAAUGACUAUUACAACAGCACAACAGCAGAUCUUAAAGGUGUGGGAGCAUCAGCAAAAGACCAAACAUCUUCAGCAAUGAUCAGUGGUCAUGAUAAGACAAGGCAGGGACAGUCUCAGGUCAUCACUGAAUCCAACACAACAGCUACUGUAGUGACCAGGGUUCAUGAUCAGCAAUAUGAAGAUGUAGACCAAGAUAAUGAGAGAGGGCAGGGCCAGUCCAACCCAAACACCACACCUAAUCAGAAAGGGCAGUCUCAUGCUAACACGCAACCCCUGAAAGUUGAAAACCUGACACAUCACGAGUUGGUAGCUGCCUUAGAUCCGAACCCUAUGUAUAUGGGUGUGGGAGCAUUAUCAAAGGGCCAAACAUCUACAGCAAUGUCCAGUGGUCAAUAUCAGACAGAGCAGGGCCAGGGUCAGUCUCAGAACAUCACUGAAUCCAACAACCCACACAAGACAGCUGCUGUAGUGACCAGUGGCCAUGCCCAUGAGUAUGAAGAUGUAGACCCCCAACAUGAUCACACAGGGCAGGGUCUGGGCCAGUCUUGGGCCUUCAUGGAAGCUAGAAACCCAUCGUAUGGCACAGGGCAGAUUGACCCAAUGCAAAGUCCCCUGUACAAAGUCGAAGGCCAGUCUCAGGCCAUCUCUGAAUCCAACACAAAACCAUAG